AUGAACAGAUCCGUCGCCUUACAUAACAUCCAGAUAACCUGCAAGGAAAUAUCACUUUACAUCAUUAACACCUACAGAAGCCCCUCGAGGCUGUUUAUUUGCGGCGAAGGUGAGAUAUUAUCACAGGAAGGUACGACGCAGGAGGGUCCCUUGACCAUGCCCUGGUACUCGGUCAAUACAUCUAUCAUGAUCCAGAGCUUAAGGACAAGCACACCAGGUGUUAAACAAGUAUGGCUAGCUGACGACUCUGCGGGGGGUGGGCAAAUUGUGACGUUGUAUAACUGGUACAAUCACCUGAGUCAGGAAGGAAAGAAGUAUGGUUAUCUAGUGAAUGGAUCAAAGAGCUGGCUGAUUGUCAAGUCGGACGUACUUGCAGAUGAGGCAAAGAGGGUGUUUGGAGUUGAUGUCAAUAUUACAGCUGAAGGUCAGCGCCACUUAGAGGCCGUCAUCGGAUCUCAAGAGUUCAAAGAUCAAUAUUGUCGGGAAAAGGUCCUUAGAUGGAAAGGAGAACUGGAAGCACUAUCAGAGAUAGCAAGAAGCCAACCUCAUGCAGCCUACACUGUUUUCACGAAGGGUUACAAAUCCAAGUUUACCUAUUUCAAGCGCACAAUAGAGUCGUUUGAAGAUUACGUUGACCCUAUCCAAGAGGCGAUCGACGACUUACUUCUCCCAACACUAUUCGGUCAAACGGAGCCCCUCCCUAGUGAUCUGCGUCAGCUCGCUACUUUGGCACCCGCUCAAGGAGGGCUAGGCGUAGCCGACUUACGGUUUGAAGCUCCACAGCAGUUUGCUGCUUCUACGUUAAUAACAGCACUGUACGUAAAUUCUAUUACCAGACGGAGCAUGUUCAUGGUGGCAGGCGAGAAUUUCACGGGGGAGUUUAAA